CAAAAAAAUCACCAGAAGAAUCCCCCUGCAAAUUUUUACUUGUUGGAAAUUGAAACCUCUGCCCCAAAAAUCCUGACAAUCUGACGUCUCUUUCUUCAAACCACAUAAACUAAACAAAACAAGUAAUUACCACAUUCUCAUAAAUACUUAAAAUUGAAAAAAAAAGAAAUGAUGUUGGAGUUUAAAGGGUAAAAAACAGAGUACAUAGAUAAACAAAGUUCAAAAUUGCAGAGAAAGACAGAAAUGCCCCAGCUCAACACAACACCUCUAUUAAUACCCUACUUUGUAUAUCCCUCUCCUCUACGCCAAAAACCAAGCCAUCCAUCUAUCCAUCCAAUCCAUCUAUCUUUCAAAGACAUAGAGUGCUCUUUACGAGAGUCUCUCUCUCUCUCUCUCUCCCUCUCUCUCUCUCUCUCAGCUGAAAACAGAGCAUCAUUCAAACAGAAACAAUUAAUCAUCAUCGAAUAUAGACAUAUAUAUAUAUAUAUAUAGGCUAGCUGCAGCACUAUAUAGGCUAGCUGCAGCACAAACAAAACAAACGUAAUUUCUUCUUCUUCUUGUUGAUCAUCACCAUCAUCAUAAUCAGCAGCAGCAGCAGCAGCAUCAUGUGCAAUCCAAAUCCUUCUGCUGCUUCAUCAACAGCCGCCAAGAAAACAGAGCACCGCCAACAGUCACAACUCUUCUUAGACUUCUUAUUUCUACCAAACACCGCCAUUAAACAUGAAACCCAUCCUGCAAAGCAUCAGCAUCAGCAGCAUCAGCAGCAACACCAACCCCCGCCACCACAGCAUUUCACUGACUCAAUUACUCUUCCAGACAUAAUAUCUGAGACCAAGUCUCUGUUUCAGCUGGCUUUCCCCAUCCUCCUCACCGCCCUCAUUCUCUACUCCCGCUCAGUCGUCUCCAUGCUCUUCCUCGGCCGCCUCGGGGACCUCGAGCUCGCCGCCGGGUCGUUGGCCAUCGCCUUCGCCAACAUCACCGGCUACUCUGUCCUCUCCGGCCUGGCCCUGGGCAUGGAGCCUCUCUGUUCCCAAGCCUUCGGAGCCCAACGUCCAAAGCUCCUCUCUUUGACCCUUCACCGCUCCGUCAUCUUCCUCGUCGUUUCGUCGCUGCCCAUUUCGCUGCUCUGGCUCAGCAUGUCCUCCAUCCUCCUGUACCUCCGCCAAGACCCAGAUAUCACAGCCAUGGCCCACACCUACCUCAUCUUCUCCCUCCCUGACCUCCUCACCAACUCCCUCAUUCACCCAAUCCGCAUUUACCUUCGUGCCCAGGGCAUCACCCACCCGCUCACGUUAGCAUCGCUCGCCGGCGCGCUCUUUCACCUGCCCAUGAACCUCCUCUUGGUCACUCGGCUUCGGCUCGGCGUGGCCGGCGUCGCUGCCGCUUCCGCUGCCUCCAAUUCGUUUGUCUUGUUGUCUCUUGUUUCUUACGUGUGGGCCAAGGGGAUACACGAGCCUACGUGGACCGCGCCGAGCCGGGAGUGCUUGACAGGCUGGAAGCCACUGCUUCGGCUCGCGGCUCCGAGCUGCGUUUCUGUCUGUUUGGAGUGGUGGUGGUACGAGAUCAUGAUCGUCUUGUGUGGGCUUCUUGUGGACCCCAGAGCAACCGUCGCCUCGAUGGGAGUGCUCAUCCAAACGACGUCGUUGAUUUACGUGUUCCCAUCCUCGCUGAGCUUCGCGGUCUCCACGCGGGUCGGGAACGAGCUCGGGGCGAAACGCCCGCACAAGGCGAAAUUAUCCUCUGCCGUCGCGGUCAUGCUGGCGUUCCUGAUGGGCCUAUCGGCAACGACCUUUGCUUCCGGGAUGAGGGGGAGCUGGGGCCGGAUUUUCACCAGCGAUGCCGAGAUCGUGCGGCUGACGUCGGCCGCGCUGCCCAUCCUAGGCCUGUGCGAACUUGGAAACUGCCCGCAGACGGUUGGGUGUGGGGUCCUCAGAGGGAGCGCGCGCCCCUCCACCGCAGCCAACGUGAACCUCAGCGCGUUCUAUCUGGUGGGCAUGCCCGUGGCGAUUGGUCUCGGGUUCUGGGUCGGGGUGGGGUUUUGUGGACUCUGGAUCGGGUUGCUGUCGGCCCAGGUUUGUUGUGCUGGGCUGAUGUUGUAUGUGGUUGGGACCACAGACUGGGAUCUCCAAGCUAAGAGGGCCCAGUCACUAACGUGCGCCGGGUGUGAAGUCGUAGUGCCUGAUUUUAAGGGUGUAGAGGAGGAGCAACAGCCGUUGAUUAUCAUUACGGUGCCUUCUUCUCGAUAAUCCAAAUAUUCCAGAUCAGAUUUAAUUUUUGCCACCAGUUUUUUAUAUAUAAAUUAUUCCUUUUUAUUUUCUUUCAGUACGAUUGUGAAUUAUUAUUAUUUUUUGGGUCACAGAUUUGGAUUUGCGUAAAAAGAAUAAAUCAACAAUUUUGUUCUUUGUUAUUAUUAAUUAAUGUGAUGAUCUGAUGAGUGGGUUCUGCUUUUUUAUUUUUUCACUCAGUGAAUCAGAUUGAGUGGGUUUUGAUUUGAUUAAUUAAAAUCGAAAACAAAAGAUUAAAGUUCAAGCACUCA